CAACCGUACCCAACCGCUUCCUCUACCUCGCCUUCCUCAACUGCUAGUCUGCUAGUGCUCUAGUACAGCCCACACUCCCUGCACCCGGCCGCGCGCGCGCACGCCCCUCGCCCCGCUCGCCUACCCAGGAGGGCCGAGGGGAACCGCCGGCCGGCCAUGGAGACGUCGCGCGUGAAGCCCGGGUUCAACGGCGUGGGCGCGGGCCUCGACGGCAGCAGCCGGCGGGGCGGCUACAUGGGCGGCGUGGGCGCCCCGGCGGCUGGCGGCGGCGGCAGAGGGGCGCCGGUGGACGCGUGUGGCGUGGCGCUGCGCGUGUUCGUGCUGGCGGCGACGCUGGUGUCCGCGGUGGUGAUGGGCGUGGACCGGCAGACGAGGACCAUCCAGAUCACGCUCGCCGACACGCUGCCGCCGCUGCAGGUGCCGGUCACCGCCAAAUGGUCCUUCUCCUCCGCCUUCGUGUACUUCGUGGUGGCGAACGCGAUGGUGUGCCUGUUCUCGGCGGCGGCGCUGGCGGCGUGCCGGCGGCGCGGCGCGGUGGUGCCCGUGAUGGUGGGGGACCUGCUGGCGCUGGCGCUGCUCUUCUCCGCCGUGGGGGCGGCCGCCGAGUUCGGCAUCCUCGGGGAGCGCGGCAACUCGCACGUGCGCUGGGCCAAGGUCUGCAACGUCUACGGCGCCUUCUGCGAGCGCGCCAUGGCCGCCGUCAUCGUCUCCCUGCUCGCCGCAUUCGCCAACCUCGUCAUGCUCAUGCUCACCAUCCUCGCCAUCCACAAGCACUCCUCCUACUACUAGUACUAGGAGAAAUAUUAAGGAUCGUAUCAUAUGUGAGUGCGUUGACGUAAGCUCGAUCGGUGCGUGGACCUGGUGAUCGAUCGACUGAAGGAGAUAGCUGAAAGACUAUAGUUCUUAUAAAUUGGGUGCCAAUUAUGUUGGAGACGGUAAUUAGAUUGGACACAGAUUAUCAGUGUUCGGAACUUUCGAUGCUAGUCAUCGACCAGUACGUAGUAAUAACUAGUAAGAAAAAAGUUUUAAAAAAUA